CAAACCCCAUCAACGAAUAUGAAAACAGAAAAUAGAUUCCAAAAUCUUUAAUCAUUCUAAGCUGGAAUGUAGGUUUAAUUAAGGCAAAUGCAUUCAAAGAAAUUAAGUUAUUAAAACCACAUACUUUAAGAAGUGAGGAAUAAGGCAAUAAGAUAUUGUGAAAUAUAAAUAUUUGAUAAUAAAAGAAAAGGAUAAGCUAGGUAUCUAAUUGGGAAUUCAUUAGCAAUUUAAUAGUAGAUAUAAAAAAUCUUAGUUAAAAAGAUACGAAUAAUGAAUAUGAACCUAAUCUUCUGAUUUAUCCACAUUGU